UUUCGUUUUUCUUUUCUCAAUAAAUUAGUGGAAAGUUUCUCAUACGUAAAGCAAUGUAAACAUUAUAAAAUGGUUUACAUAUUAUGACGUUACAAAUACAAUGAGUGAAAGCAGUUUUUUAAAAUAAAAUCCUAAAAGUUUGUGCCCUCAUAAUAUAGACAUCAAUAUAAAAAGGGUGUUAAGAUAGGUUGACGUCAUAGUAUGGCGGACCUCACUUUGUAAAAGGUAAACAAAUAAGUAAAUACCUGAAUGUAGUCUGAACGUACAAGUCUCCUGUUUAGCCUUCUGUGACUAUGGCCAGCUACUUAGACAAAGUUCUCUACACCUAGAUAAUUAUAGAUGAUAUGCUAAGGAGAAAGAAACGUCGAAAGGAGAAAUAGGGUCUGGCCACGAAGGUGUGCGCCAUCGAACAUCACGAAUACGUUACCGAAUAAGUUCACCAAUUUCCCAAUGGACGAUGACGAGAUCGUGUUGCCCGUUCUACCUAAUGAAGUUUGGAUAACCAUUUUCACUUAUUUACCGUUUGGAGAUUUACAACAAGCAAACGCGGUCUGUAAGCAUUGGUGCGAGUUGACACGUGUACCAGUAUUACGACGUAAAUCGAAACUGGUCAUCACACCUUACAAUUUGAUGGAUAUAUGCAAGAUUAUAAAAUGCCAAGUACUAUUUUGUAAAUAUUUAUCAUGCGAAAGCGUCGAGUUGCGAGAUUUAGAAGUGCAGGAAAAUCUUGUGAUCGUUUUAGAGUAUUUGGGUUCUCGUAUACGUCAAUUAAAAUUAAAUAAAUCGCCAGUGUUUUCCAUACUUAACGAUCAUUUACCCGAAUUGGAGGAAUUAAUUUUAACACAUCUACCCCGCAUACAAAACGGUAACAACACGAUAUCGGCAGAUUUAUACAAAUUUCCAAACCUUAAAUCGGUGCACAUGUCCUGUGCCAAUGUUACAUACUAUAUAAAAAUCCAUUUAUUAUUAAAUUUGACUUUGGUGCCUUGUAAGAAUAUCGAACGUUUAAGUUUAGAACUUAAUAGCGAUCAAGAGGAUUUAAUUAUGUACACUUUGGACAUGUACGCCCACUCGUUACGACACGUGGAGAUAAUUGUAAGAUCGAAACCUUCCACAAUAGUGAAAUGGCAAGAAAUUUUUAAAAAGUUUACCCAACUAAAGGUGCUAAAAAUAACCGGCAAUUGUGGUUAUAAAUGGUUGAAAGUUGCUUUAGAAAAUCUCCCAAAAGAGAGUCGGCUGCAGAAAAUCGAUUUGAACGGUUGUUUAGAAUUGAACGAUGAUUUUAUGAAAUUUAUUUUAAAUAAAUGGUCACAGUCUGUGGAGUCAUUGGAUUUAAUGGUGUGCCAUUGCUUAACGGAUGAAAGCAUCAAACAAUUGAAAUUAGUUAAGGAUAAACUCUAUCAUUUGAAUUUGGCUUAUUGCUGUCGCGUAACAGCGCGAGGACUACUGAAAGGUAUAGCUGAAAGCGCGAACGAUAAGAUGCUUAACUUGAAUCUUAGUCAUAUCACAGGUCUAUCGGAAGAGUUUAUAUUUUUGCUGACUGAGCGUUUACCAAAUUUGACUUCGCUCAAUUUGGAAAAUUGUCGCGAAGCUGUAACCGAUAGAUCGGUAAAUUUCAUUUUUUCCAAUCUCCGACAUUUGCGUCAUCUCUCGUUAAAUGAUUGUGUACGUAUCACAGAUGAUGGCCUUAUAGGCACAGAAUACUCAAUGUCAGCGGUUAGUCGCUUGAAGAGACUUGAAACGCUUAGCUUACGUGGUUGCCGUAACAUUUCGAACAGAUCGCUUUUAAAAGCAUUGAAAUUUCAACAAUUACGUAGGCUGACGUUGGGUUAUUGCUAUAAGAUCUCCUCACGCGGUAUUGAAGGCCUAGUGGAAUAUUGUCCCGCUCUUGAAGAAUUGACAAUUACGAGUUGUUUUAUGAUAAGUGAUGAUUGCGUUCUACAAAUAGUUUUAGGCUUACCACGUUUGCGAAAAUUGAAUGUAUCAAACUGUGUCAAUCUCACGAUGCGUUCUAUUGAUUAUGUGAUGACUUACUGUAAAACCCUACGUGAGCUUUGCAUGAACGGCAUUGACGCUUUAGAGGUGGAACAAGUGCAACAGAAGCUGUUAAAACAAAAGCCCCAAAUUCUUAAAGUGGAAUUGUAGCUGUUACAAAUUUCAAGCGUCGUUAGUUAUAAAAGUUUUUGACGUUCAAAAUGAUUUUGAAAACCACACGGGUGCAAUAUUCUAUCUUUGCCUUUUUCAAAUUUUCUUACGAUAUAUAUAUUAGAUUUUAAAAUAUUUAUAUAUAUAU